CAACAAAGCACACGACAUCAAUUCAACUUCACCCGCUGUCAACACCUGCGAGAGCACCCUUUCAUCGCAAGCCGCCGACGACUGCUCACAACGAGAAGCCCGCCACCAUGUCUCUCACCAAUUGUCGCUUCUAUGAGGAGAAGUUCCCCGAAAUCGACUCGUUCGUCAUGGUCAACGUCAAACAGAUCGCCGAAAUGGGUGCCUAUGUCAAACUGCUGGAAUACGAUAACAUCGACGGCAUGAUUCUGCUCUCUGAGCUGUCGCGCAGGCGUAUUCGAUCUAUCCAGAAGCUGAUUCGAGUGGGACGCAACGAAGUCGUGGUGGUGCUGCGUGUCGACAAGGACAAGGGCUACAUCGAUCUGUCGAAGCGAAGAGUGUCACCAGAGGAUAUCGUCAAAUGCGAGGAGCGCUACAAUAAGGGCAAGAUGGUGCACAGCAUUAUGCGUCACGUGGCCGAAAAGAUCAACGUGCCCAUCGAGGAGCUUUACCAGGACAUUGGCUGGCCUCUUAACAAAAAGUAUGGACAUGCUGUGGAUGCCUUCAAGCUGAGCAUCACGAAUCCCGACGUAUGGAAUGAGGUGACUUUCAAGAGCAGCGCUAUCAAGGAUGAGUUGGUGAGCUACAUUGGCAAGCGAUUGACGCCGCAGCCUACGAAAGUGCGCGCGGAUAUCGAGGUUACCUGCUUUGGCUACGAGGGUAUCGAUGCCGUCAAGACCGCGCUUCGCGCCGCAGAGGCGAAGAACACGCCCGAGACUCAAGUCAAAGUUCGUCUGGUAUCGCCACCCAUGUACGUACUCACCUCGCAGACGAUCGACAAGAACAACGGAAUCGAUGUCCUCACCGAAGCCAUCCAAGAUGUGGCUGCCAAGAUCACAGCCGCGGGUGGAAGCUGCACUAUCAAAAUGGCGCCCAAGGCAGUUACCGAGAACGACGACGCGGAACUACAGGCCCUCAUGGACAAGAAAGAGCGUGAACAACAGGAAGUCAGUGGCGACGAAGACUCUUCUGAAAGUGACGACGGGAUUGUGGCUGCCAAUGCUGAUUGAGUGGGCUAAGCGAGGCGUCUGGCGUUAGUUAUUCAUCGGAAAAAGUGCCGGCAUCAGCAUUAGACGCACGAUAGCAUGAGGGCGCGUGAGCGCCCAACACGGGCUUUAGAGCCAGUCAAAAUGAGAAGAUGUUAC